GCCAAGGUUUUUCAAAGGCAUAUUUAUAUAUAUAUAUUUAUAAUUAAAAAGAAAAUAAAAAAGAAAAUCAAUAAUGUUGAUGACUCAAAGCUCACUGUUCAGCCCUCCAAUCAAUUUUUCUCUGAAAAAACAUUACAAUGAAACCAAAAAUAUCGCAUUAUUUUCCGGUAAUAAUUUGCGUGAAAAUAAGUUGUCGUUGUCGUCGAGAAAAAAAAUAGGGAAAACUGGUGUUCUUUACAACGGGUAUUCGUAUUUCACUUCACCGUGUCACCCUCUCCAGCUCGAUUUGCCCAAUCAUUUUAACGGUGACGACGACGAUGACGAUGACGUCAGCACGGACGGCAUUGGGAUAGUUGAUUUUUUCCAAGGGAAGAACAUACUUAUUACUGGUGCAACUGGCCUCCUUGGAAAAGUGAUUGUGGAGAAGAUACUAAGAUCAACCCCAGUUGGGAAGAUCUAUUUACUGAUCAAGGCAAAAGACAAGGAUGCUGCUUUUCACAGAUUAACAAAUGAGAUUAUAGAUUCGGAUUUGUUCAAAUGUCUGAAAGACGAACACGGGGAAUCUUACGAAGCCUUUGUAAGAGAAAAACUGAUACCCGUCGUCGGAGAUAUAUGCGAACCAAACAUGGGAUUGGAUUCCGAUUCUGCUGACGCACUCAGGAAAGAUGUACACGUUGUUAUCCAAUCUGCUGCUAGCACAACCUUAAACGAGAGAUAUGACGUGUUAAUUGAGGCAAACGUGACCGCGCCUCAAAGAGUGAUGAGAUUUGCCAAGACAUGCAAAAACCUCAAACUCUUUGCCCAAAUUUCAACUGCAUAUGUUAACGGAAGAAGAGAAGGGGUAAUGCUGGAAGAUCCGCUGAUUAUGGGAGACAACAGAAGAAAGGAGGAUUGUGAUGCGAAUAUUCCUCGUCUAGAUAUAGCUGAUGAGAUAAACUUGGCUCUUAAAUCUUGUAGCGCUGCCGCAUCGGAUUAUGACGUCACAAAAGACUUGAAAAAGCUUGGCCUAGAAAGGGCAGAGUUGUUUGGAUGGUACAAUACAUAUCACUUGACAAAGGCAAUGGGAGAGAUGGUGUUGAAUGAAAUAAGAGGAGAUGUGCCUGUGCUUAUAAUCAGGCCAACUGUUAUCGAGAGUAGCUUUAAAGAACCUGUCCCUGGAUGGAUACAAGGCAAUAGGAUGUUUGAUCCCGUGAUAAUUUCUUAUGGAAAAGGACAACUUCCAGCCUUCUUCGGAAAUCCUGAAGUGACUAUGGAUAUUAUACCAGUGGACAUGGUGGCAAAUACAACGAUUGCAGCUAUAGCAAAGGAAGCAAAUAAAAAUAAGCCACAAUUGAAUGUGUACCACGUGGCAUCUAGUAAUAGGAAUCCCCUCAAAUAUACGGACUUUUUCGAGUAUCUCUACGAGUAUUUCAAUUCGUCACCUUUGGUCGAAUCUCAAAAUAUCUCCCGAAUCGAGUAUUUCAGUGAUUUCAACGAUUUCUCCGAAUACACGCGUGGCGAAAUUUCACAACAGCUAGAGACAAAUAAUGUAGUGGGAGACGAACAUGGUAAUGUAAUUCGAAAGGCCCAAAAUAAAUGCCGAGCCAGAGUUGCGUACGCGCAACAACUAUGCAAGAUGUACGAAUUCAUCGGUUUCUUUAACGCAAGAUUUGACACGAGAAAUACGGAAAAGUUAGUGAAGGAAAUGUCGAAAGAGGAGAGAAUUAACUUUGAAGUAGAUGUGAUGAAUAUAGACUGGAGAAAAUAUUUUCAAGAAAUUCAUAUCCCUGGUGUGAAGAAACAUAUAAUUAAUGGGACAAGAGCAUCUAUUUAAUAUAUAUAUAUAUAUAUAUAU